CCGUCCCAGGACGCGUUGCGCGGUCCGGGCCGGAAGUCGGCGAGUUCCCGGGCGUGUGUCGGAGUCUGUGUCUGGAAGAGGCGCGCGGCCCGGGACAAGCGCUAGGAAUUCCCAUCUGAGGCGUCGCCACUGUCACUACCCUCACCCACGGAGCCACUUAUAGAGCGGAGUAGACCCGGCCCUUCGCCGGGCAGAGAAGAUGUUGCCCCUGUCCAUCAAGGACGAUGAAUACAAACCACCCAGAUUCAAUCUGUUCCGCAAGAUCUCGGGCUGGUUUAGGUCUAUCCUGUCGGACAAGACGUCCCGGAACCUGUUUUUCUUCCUGUGCCUGAACCUCUCUUUCGCUUUUGUUGAACUACUCUACGGCAUCUGGAGCAACUGCUUAGGCUUGAUUUCGGACUCUUUUCACAUGUUUUUCGAUAGCACUGCCAUUUUGGCUGGAUUGGCAGCGUCUGUUAUUUCAAAAUGGAGAGAUAAUGAUGCUUUCUCUUAUGGGUAUGUUAGAGCGGAAGUUCUGGCUGGCUUUGUCAAUGGCCUGUUUUUGAUCUUCACUGCUUUUUUUAUUUUCUCAGAAGGAGUUGAGAGAGCGUUAGCCCCUCCAGAUGUACACCAUGAAAGACUGCUUCUUGUUUCAAUUCUUGGGUUUGUGGUAAACCUCAUAGGAAUAUUUGUUUUCAAGCAUGGAGGUCAUGGACAUUCUCACGGCUCUGGCCAUGGACACAGUCAUUCCCUCUUCAACGGUGCUCUGGAUCAGGUGCAUGGCCAUGGAGAUCAUUGCCAUAGUCAUGAAUUGAAACAUGGUGCUGCACAUAGCCAUGAUCAUGGUCAUGGCCAUGGACACUUUCAUUCUCAUGAUGGUCCCUCCUUAAAAGAAACAACAGGACCCAGCCGACAGAUUUUACAAGGUGUAUUUUUACAUAUUCUCGCAGAUACACUUGGGAGUAUCGGUGUAAUUGCCUCUGCCAUCAUGAUGCAAAAUUUUGGUCUAAUGAUAGCAGAUCCAAUUUGUUCAAUUCUCAUAUCCAUGCUUAUAGUUAUAAGUGUUAUUCCUCUUUUAAGAGAGUCUGUUGGAAUAUUAAUGCAGAGAACACCUCCCUUGUUGGAAAAUACUCUGCCUCAGUGCUAUCAGAGGGUGCAGCAGUUGCAAGGAGUUUACAGUUUACAAGAACAGCACUUCUGGACCUUAUGUUCUGACGUUUAUGUUGGGACCUUGAAAUUAGUAGUAGCCCCUGAUGCUGAUGCUAGGUGGAUUUUAAGCCAAACGCAUAAUAUUUUUACUCAGGCCGGAGUGAGACAGCUUUAUGUACAGAUUGACUUUGCGGCCAUAUAAUGAAUGAAAAGAAACUAUACUUUCUUGGGGACGUAAUUUUUCUGGUACUGUACAAUCCCAAACAUUGUACCUAGCUUCUUAAAAGAGAGAAAUCAUCACUAUAGCUCCCAGGCGCCAGGCAGUCAGCCGUUUGUGCUGUGCCAGGAGUUCCCAGCGAAGGGAUCGCAAUUAAGAGGCUCUCUCCUGGACUUUCGGUCUUGUCUUUUGUGCUCUUCCCUCCGAACCAUUUUGAUUUCUGAGGCGUCUAGUUUUGUUCCAGGGCGGUGUUUUUUGUUGGUUUGUUUGUCUCAUUUCCAGCGUCCUCACUCCCACCCGUCACCCUAGGUAAGAAGUUCAGACUGCGGGCCUCCAGUCAUCUGGAAUGUCUUCACUGAAGCUGCUGGAAACCACUCUUGCAUUCCCACAAAACCAGUGUUAUUUAAAAAAAACAGAAAUGGAAAUCUCUUUUAUGUGUAAUGUCACAAUUGUUGACGUUCUUCAGUAUAAUCAUAUGUUUGUAAAAUUGUUUGUACCUUGCAAACUUAUGAACCAAACCAUAUUGGGUUUUCAAAGUGCCUUUGUAUCAGAAAAUGUAUUUGCCAGCAUAGAAACAUACCAUCAGAGGUCAUGUAUGGUUUUUUUUAAUGGGUAUUCUGUAAUCUGUACAAAAUAAGACUCUUGUUAGUAAUGUAUGCAGAUUUUGUCUUUUUGUGUACUUCCAGCACAGGUCUAGGGAUAUGAAAAUUUUCCUUUUAUUGCUUUAUCUCAUCAAAAAAUAAAAGGUGUUAUUUUGCUUUUUAAAUCAAAUUCAGUUAUCACAUUAAAUUAUUUUGUAGAUUUUGUUUUCAAAACUUUGCAAAUGUAUCUCUUACAUAGACGAUUGUUUUGACUUACUUGAAACAUCUGCUAAAUUCCAAAUUUCUAUAAAAGCUACUGUGUUGUCUAUGAUAAACUUUCCUGUAUCUUCCUUGCCAUUUAUAUGAAUUUUAUUAAUGAAAGAAAAAAGCAACAUAGAAUGAAGGCAGAAUGGUUGUGACAAUAUUAUUUUGCAUUUUCGUUCUUCAAAUGCCACCUCAUGUAAUUUGUUCUGUGCGAGUGUUGCGUAAAUAUAGUUCCUUUCAGGAAUCCUAAAGCAGCAUUUUCACGAGCUUGAACUAUUGAAGGUACAGAGCAAAUGUGGUAAUAGAGAAGUCUUCCUAACAGGUGUCUUAGAAGUUCAUCAGUGAGUUGAUUUCUAGGGUCUUGUGUAUUUGAAAAAUAAAAUUGCAAUUUGAGAUGA